AUGACAUAUAGUGUCCGCAAAUUGAAACUUAUCGUGGAUGAUCCCACUGGUUCAUUGCGUGGUAAUAUGGCUGUUGCCAAGUCUUUCUUUGAGGCUGAGGAUGAUAGAGAAGUAGGGGAGUUCCGUAGUCUUAUGGAUAAUGAGAUACAUUAUGCUGGUUUCUGGGGAGUUGCGAGAGGUCAUCAUGCUGCUCUCUCUGUGUAUGAGAAUGAACAGAGAGUAUUACGUCUUAUGUGGACAACACGAGCAACUGCAAUCACAGGUAACACUUUUAAACGGGAGGGUUAUGUGCAAUUUAUUUCCGGAGGAAUGUCAUCUAUCCCGGGUAUUGGAAACUGGUUAACAAAAUUUACACAAAAGCGUGUGCAUGAAUCGUUAGUGAUAAGAGAUGGGAAAGUAGUGUUUCGUGACUUGAGCUUUCAGUGGGGUCUUGGUGUGCAUUGA